AUGGGAAACAUCAAUAAAAUGUCGACAAUUUGUCUUGCAACAAAUUUACAGACGCGAAACAAUUGUGGCAAAAAGGUUUUCAAGAAGGCACCUCGUUUAUCCAUUGACCAGGUAUGCGAUUGCGAGGGAGAGUCCACUUCAGAUCUCCUCUGCUCCAUCAUGCCACGGGGGUGCAGGUUGACCACGAAGACUCCCAAAAAAAUCCCAUUCCCCGUUGAACCGACAGUAACUUAUGAAGAAUUAAGCAAAAAACCAUUCGAAGAUGUCAAGACAUUUGUCGAGUCGGUUAAAAACAAGGUGCAAACGGUCCUGUUAGAAAAGCCGAAAGACACCCAAGUGAAACUUUUGAUAGAGAGGUUGCACAAUAACGAGAUCGAAUCAGGGGCUCAAUGUCUCCAGAAGCCCAAGAAGACUCGUCCGCUGAGGAUCCCAAGUAACAGGGAGAUCAUGAAUAGAAUUAUGAGGCGCAAAAUUCUGAGAGAAAGGAAGUGCGGCGAAAGGUUAGGACCGUACGUGCAAUGCGAUCCUAACACGCUAACUUCUGAUUUGUUUGCCUUCUGCAAAACCGACCGAUUCAAGAGCUGCAUUCAAAAGAAGAAACAGAAUGAUGGAAGCGAUACGAAACACAAAAGAGAGUACGUAGACCUGGGCAUACAAACUGAUGAAACUUACAUACAGGAAAUGAAGUCGGCUGCAGUGACGAAGGAAACAAUGGAGGAGGAGGAAAUGAAGAGGCUGAGGGAGAAGAAGAGAGUGAAAGAUGAAAAGAAGCGAUUGAAGAAGUUGAAGAAGAAUGCUAGUGUAACUGUACUCGAUUGGAAUGUCAAGCCGAAUCCUUGCAAAGCUCUAUUGGAAGCUGAUGGUACUUGCCCAGAAAAGGAUGUGAACGACUCAGACGUCGAUUCAGACGACGACAAGAUGGAGUGCACGUGUAGUCCCGGCUUCAAGUACUGCAUAGCCAUGGAUUUCCUUAGAAGGAAAGACUACCAGCACAACUGGCAGCCAGCCUACAAGUGCGCUCCUACCACACAAGUCACAAAGGCGAAAGACAACAAUUCAUAA